GGACGUCAUUACGUAUGCCGGUAGGCGCGAAGUUUUUGAAAGGGCAAGAUGAGUAUCUCUACUCCUCAGUCAGGGGGGCGACACCAUCAAGAUACCCCAGACAGUGUAUAUCUGUCACCUUCUACCAGGCGGCAGCCAGGCAGUGCAACUGGGACCCCUACACUGCAAAAUUUUACCAGCAAUGAUGAUGAGAAGGAAAGAAAACAGAGGAGGAAAUCUCGGGUCAUUGACCUUCAGCUCAGUGGAGUAGACUCCCCUGCAUCCACAAUAUCUCCCUCCCAAAGCAGGGCGGAUGAAUCAACAAUUUCUCUUCUACCAAAAUUAACCAACAACCAGAUUUCAGAUCACUACUCCACUUGCAUCAAGCUAUCUCAAGAAAAUAAAAUAACAACCAAAAAUGCCUUUGGCUUGCAUCUGAUUGAUUAUAUGGGUGACAUCUUGAAGCAAAAGGACAGUGAACUGACCAACUUCAAGGUUGCUGCUGGGACUCUGGAUGCUAGUGCAAAAAUCUAUGCAGUAAGAGUGGAUGCUGUGCAUGCUGAUGUUUACAAAGUGCUCGGAGGGCUUGGUAAAGAAUCAAAUUCUCCUGAUGGAACCGUAGACCAUGACCCAGAUGCAUCUAAGGAAACUCUGGAUGAUAAAAAAAAUCAGAAAAAGAGGAAACGCUCAUACAGAACCAUUGAAAAAAAUGUAGGCAAUAUCAACCGCGCUGAAGUAGAUCGUAAGACUGAGAUUGAUCCACUGUUCCAGAGGUCUGCUGCUUCCUUUGAUGAGUUCAGCACUGCAGGAGUUUUCCUUUCUACCAUGCGAUGUUAUGAUUAUCACAGUGAGCUUCGCUUUGAUUCAGAUGUGAAACCCCUUGCUACUAUUCAGGAAGCAGAACCACCCAGCCCAGGGCAGAUGGACAUGUCUGAGCUGAAAUCUCUCCUUUCACAGUGUGUUGAGAAGCGUCCUCUUUGCCCUUCCCUAUCUGGAUUCAGAUUCACUCAAUGGGACCAAGAUCUUAAUGAGACACCAUCUUCCUUAAUGGAUAAACUCAAGAGCAGCGACCACAUUUUUGAUAUAAAUGCAGAAGUUGUGGAAGAUGACUAUGAGGAGGCACCAGGGACAGCAAUGGAUGAUUUUGAUGCAGAUGUGUGUGAUGGAAAUGAACCAGGAGACCUUGGCGAGUUUGAUGAACAACGUGAGGCUUGCAGGGCAGAAAGGAAGGGUCCCCAAGUGACCCAAAUUGCAGUUGGCGAUAUUGGAACCAUGUGCCUUCAAUUGUCUUCUUGUCCUGGAGAGUACUCUUACUUCAGUCCUCGUACAAUGUCCAUGUGGGCAGGGCCUGAGCAUUGGCGUUUUCGCCCUCGGCAGAAGACGGAGACAGAAACAGAUAAACAGAAAGUCAAAAAAGCGAAGAAAGUAUUUGAGUUGAACUUUGAUGAAGACAUAAGUUUUGAUGUACACUUCCGCAAAACUAGAGCAGCUACCACACUGGCAAAAUCUACCCUAGAAAGCCAAAACAAGAAGUCUACUACGUUACCUGCAGAUUUUCACUAUGACCCAGACAACAUUGUCAAGUUGAGUCUAAGGCCUGUGGAUAGGGUAAAGAGGGUGGUCUCUCAGGCCUCUGUUUCUGAACUAGAAGAUGAGAUUGGAGAAUACGAUUACAAUAAUCCAAAUGAUACCUCCAACUUCUGUCCCGCUCUCCAGGCUGAUGACAGUGACGAUGACGAUGCGUUUAUGGGAUCGGAAGGUGUUGGGAUCAAUGCUGAGAAUGGGAUAAUUGAGAACCAUAUGAACAUUACAAGCUAUGGGGAAGACAAUCUGGUGGCAGAGCCACAUAAGGUAAAUAAAAUAGAGAUUCAAUAUGCAAAAACAGCUAAGAAAAUGGACAUGAAGCGUUUAAAGACAACAAUGUGGAGCUUGCUGACCAACACCAAGUUGGGAAGUACGGAUACAGUUGAAGAGGUGUCAAAGGAUGAACCUGAAACUGCAGUUGUUACGGAUGAGAGUGUUUUCAGCAAUGUCACUAAGGAUUUGCAGAAAAGGUUGCCUCCAAUUAUGGCACAGAAUCUCUCGGUGCCCCUGGCCUUUGCGUGCCUUUUGCAUUUGGCUAAUGAGAAGAACUUGAAGCUGCAAGGAGUGGAGGAUUUGUCUGAUGUGAUGAUAAUGCAAGGUGAUUAAUUAUCACGGAAAUGAGAACAGAGAAAGAUGGUCUAGAAUUGUCCAUUGUGGAAUCCACACAUAACAGGGAAAAAAGCCUACCGUCUAAAUAUAUUAAAGACUUUUUUUAUUCAGUACCCAAACGUUACUAUGAAUUUGAGAUUCCUUUCCCAUAACUGUACAUAGUGUAUUUAUCUCUAAAAUACCACAUACCUUUUUUCUUCUACAAAUUGAUGUUUGUUAAAAUAAAUCUUUAAACAAACCAA